AUGGUUGUAUCGCUGACUGCGUGUGUGGGGUGCUCUUCAAGUGGCAGUGGAGGGGUGAACAGAAAGGUAAUGGGGCCCCAAGUAGCGUGUGUUGGGCUGCUGCUCCUCCUGCUCAGCAGCAGCAGCACUGUGUGUCUGUGCAACACUUCGACCGCGAGCUUUGACGCGGGUAAUGAAGUCUCUCUUUUGACGAGCCCCGGGGGGCUAAAUGGCGGCACUGCGGACGCGCUGGAAGCACAGUGGAGCCCUUCGGAGAACGAAAGCGUGGAGAAGCUGGGAACAGCGGAAGGAGCAGCAGAGGAAGCAGCAGCAAGAGCUGCUGCUGCUGCUGCAGUGGAGGCGGAGGGCAGCGCACAGCGCCUAGUCGGGCGCAACAGCGGGACAGCAAAACCAGCAAAGCGGCUGCUCGGGACUCUCGAGCUGGCCCUCCAGGCGCUGCUGCUGCUGCUGCUGUUUGGCCUUCUCGCCCGCUGCGUAAAUGCGUGGACGCAAGUCGGCCAAAGACAGCAAGAGAAUGCCCUGGAGCUGGGACUCGGUGUCGACGAGCACUUCGCAGGUGACCCUAGUGAGUCGCUCGCAGCAGCAGCAGCAGCAGCAACGAAGCCAGGUGCGGAGGCAGCAGCAGAAGAGCUUCAAGUUCCAACAAACGCAGAACUUUUGGAAAGGCUAGCGCGGGCGCGGGAAAGGCUGAAGCUUGCGCGGGCAGAAAGUGAUGCAGCAACUGCAGCGCUGCAUGUGUCAGUGGGCGCAGCUGGCGGCACUGCAGCAGACGCAGCGUUAGUAAUUCAAAGAGCUCAACAGGGUAUGGCCAAGUGGAGGCGCCGCGAGGAACAUGUUGACUUUGCUGAGGUUGUAGACUCUCCUGAGGAGCUGCGGGCAGCGGCAGAAGACGUGCUGGCGGAGCUGCGGGCGGAGGUAGCAGCAAACAGCCAGGAGCUGCAGCAGCAGCAGCAAACUUGGCGGAUGGUUAAAAAACGCAGAUCAGUCUUAGACGUGGAGAUGGGCAGGCUGGAGGAACAGCUGACUGUUUUGCAGGUAACCGCGCGGCCAGAAGCAGCCGAGGCGAUCAGAGCGGAGAACCAAAGACGGAAGGAGGAUCUGCAGCACCAACUGGCUGUUGUUGACGAGGAGCUGGAAAAAGGGAAAGCGACACUGGAAGAGCUGCAGCUCAGUGCCUCGACCAGCCGAAGCCGAGGGGUGCAUGUACAGCGGGCUGAGGAGGUGCUGCCGGAGCUGUCGAAGGCGCUGGAUCUCCUAGUGGGGCCGGCUAGUGAGUCGGACUCUAAAGGACCUGCAAGCAACGAGGACAUUAUGAAGGGCACGAAGCUGUAUCCUGAGGAGCAGGAGCUGCUAGAGACGAAGCGGGAACUGCUGCGCGUGGAGGGCAAGCUGAUGACGGUCUUAGCAGAAGAACACGCUUUGAACGUGAAAACUGCAGAAACGGGGCUGGCGCGCUCCAUUUUGAAUCAGCUGCGGAGCCGGGCGUGGAUUCCCGAGGGGGAACAGCCGGGAACCCCGAGGGAAAAGAACUCUGAAGAAGUCGUGUUCGACUCCUUGUACAUGGAGGCCAAGAGGCGAAACGUGCGUCGGGCCGAGGCAUUGCUGCAGGACUUAAUGUACAAGAAGUCGCGGCUGAAGCACCAGAGCGGAAAGCUGCAGGAGCAAUACAUGGACUUGGAAGUGGAGGUGAAGUUGUGCGAGCGGAAGGUGGAGCGGCUGAAGGAAACGCUAGUGGAGCGGGUGCAAAGCCCGCUGGCGUACGGCAUAGCUGAACUUUCGCGCUUAAACGAGAAGAUGCUGAACAGCAAAGAAACCGUUGCUGUGAUCUUGGCUAAAGCCUCGAGGUUCGGGCCUGGUCUCUUCGCCAAAAUCCCCCAAGACGCAGUGCAACACCGGUACUACAGCCGCCACCUCUCGCCCUUGGCAGAUGACCUGCUCACGGCAGUUGAAAGCAUCCUUGAUACCGGUCUCCAGCUGCGCUUCGCCAUACGCAAAGCAGCCGACAGCCUCGUAUCCAUGCAGCUAAUCGAGUUCCUUCAGCAAGACGGGCUGGAGGCGCUGCUGGCCGCCGUUGUGGGCGGCCCCAGCUCGCCAGAGCAGUUGGAAAUAUCCACUGCCCGCUGGGACGCCACUGUUAACCUGAGGGCAACGGCGGAGGAGCGGCUGACCACUGCAGAGGCCAACGUGCAGAAACUGCAGGAGGCCCUGGCGCGUCUUGCGACUUCGCGGCGGUGGUUUCCUAGCCAGGUCAGCAAGGAGCUGGCGGCGCUGUCGUUCAUAGCCAGCGAGAGAAAGAAAAUUGAGUACUACAGAGAAGUCCUGAAUUCCUUGGCCUCUGUGACUGAAGAAGAUGUGAAGAAGCAAGUUCAGGACAUCUUCCUCGAGGCUCUAUGGACGGCGCUGCGUCGCAGAGCCAUGUUUGGCCAUGAUGAGACACUCCUUCUAGCCGUGAGCAGAAUUCAUACAUCCAAAAUUGAUUUGGCAGAGGGCAAGCUUACCGCGCUGUCCGAGGAGCUCUCGAUGGACGAAGUUUACUACUCACCCGCAGUCACACCUGGCGAUAUCUUGGCAUUUAUUCCCGAUUGGAGAUCCCCCUCGCCGCCCCCGGAGCUUAUACCGGAAACCGUGCCCAACGUCCUCCAACUUAGGCGCCCGCAGAGGAAAAAAGAGCAAAAUUAA